AUGUUGUUCGCGCUGAUGAUGGGUGGCUUCGUCCUGCUGGCCGGCCACGUCCUCCUCUCCGACAUGGCCUUCGCGCCCAUGCUACAGCUGUCAUCGUCAGCCCAACAAACCCCGACCACCCUCAACGCAGAGCCACACCCGCCGCUCAAGGUGCCCGUUGCCGUCGGCGUUCUCAGCUCGGGCAAAUCACAAGAACGACGCAUGCUGUGGCGCAGCACGCUCCUCCCCAUCGUGCGCCAGCUCACCGAACUCCAGCACGGGGCCGACUACGUACUCAAGUUCAUCGUCGGUCGAGGACUGAGCGAGGCGGAUGAGGCGGCUGUGGCGGGGGAGAGCCAGGAUUACGAAGACAUCAUGCGCGUCGACUGCGGGGAGAGCCGGCUCAACCUGACCUGCAAGCUGAUCGAGAGCUGCCGCGCGUUCGUGCGCGAUUACGACUUCCGCAUGCUGUUUCGGGUCGAUGACGACUCCUUCACGCGGCUUGAUCGGCUCCUGCCCGAGCUCAUCCGCCGCCAGAACGAGACCGCGCUCUACGAGGGCUGCGCCCUGCUGGGCCAGCCGAUCGGCCGCGAAGGGUCCGAACCCGAGACCAAGCUGCCCCACAACUCGCAGUACAUGCCCUACCACUCGGGCAGCGCCGUGGUGCUGUCGCGCGACCUGGUCGAGUACGUGGCCCACCCACCGCAGGAUCUCAAGCUUGUCCGUCUGGUCGCGGACGACGCCGCACUCGGCCUGUGGCUCGCCCCGUUCGAGCUCAAGUUCACCGACCGGCCCGACUUCAACGCGUGGGGCGGCAAGGAGGACUGCCCCGUGGCCGACUCGAGCCCCGUCGUGCUUCACUAUUUCGGGCUGGAGCGGUGGAAGGACUGCGCUGCACGCAUCAUCUCCACCCUGUCCCUCCAGCAGCAUCAACCUGCUUGA